AUGAAGUCGUUACUUUUAAGUUGUCAAAUUUUAGAUACCAAUCAUACAGCAGUCAGUUUAGCACAAAGACUGAAAGACGUUGUUAAUACUUGGGGUUUAAACAAAAUAACAUUAACUGUGUCGGGCAAUGCAAGUAACAUCGUAAAUGCAGUCACCGAACAAUUAAAUUGGAAACAUUUAGGUUGUGUCGAUGUGGAAAAUUUAUAA